AUGCAACUAAUGCAGGCUUAGGGAAUGUAAUUAUAUUAAACUGCUGCUUAAAAUAAUACUAUGACUCCUCAUAAUGGGUUUUAAUAUUUGCUAUAAGGAUACAAUAAUCUACAAUAACUCCAAACUGCUCAACAGCCUGCCAUUAUGUCUUAGCCAUAGAUGUAAUAAUCAACUUAAUAGUAAUAAUAAUAUUUGGCUCUUUAUCUUUAACAACAGCUGUAAUAAUAGAGAUAAAUGAUGAUUCCUCAGUAGUAAUAUUAGAUGAUGUACUAAUUAAAUUAACAACCCUAGAUCAAUUCUUGUUUCAACGCUUAGAUCAAUUAAAAUCAACAUUUACUUCCUACUUAAUAAUCAUAAACAUAAAUACCCAACAUGAUGUAUAAUGUAUAGUCUACAUUCAAUUAUCCUAUGUACGUUUAGCCAAUUAUUUCAUAGUCAAACACUGCCUAGAUCUAAUACAUGCCAGUCACUAACCGUACGGAAUCUACUUAAAAUGUAGCUAAGCCUUUUGAUAAUUUAACUAACUUAAAUUUAAAUAUAAUUAAUAAUGGUAAUAAUGUACUUGACUAGAUCUCUCUUAUUUAAAAAGAAAAUUUAUAAAAUUUAAAUAUUUCAAAAGCCUUCCUAAACUAAAUCUAGACUGAAAACAGCAGCAACAACAACAUAACUAGCAUUCUUGGCUAAGAAAAUCAGCUUUAAUCCUUAAACUCAGAGAAAACCUUUAAUAAAGAAAAUGUAUAAACAUUAUUGAAAGAAAAUAUUGUAUUAAGUCAGACUUAUAGUCUUAUUUAAAAAACUUGCUAAGUUUCUAUGUAAAAUGAUUGCGAUGAAUUAGCUAAACCAAGCAAAGCUACUUUUAACAAUUACAGUGAAAAUUAGAAUUUAUAGCUUUCUAAAGAAAGCAACAGCGCUAAAUCUUUUUCUAAUAAGAAUCCAAAGAGAGGAUUCCGUUUAACUAACAAUGAAUCAAAAACCCAUCAGAUAUAGCAGUUUUCUCCUUCGCUCUCAGAUUCCCCUCUUGAAGCGGAAAGAGAAAAACUCAAAGGCAGAAAUCCUCCUCUUAUUUCUAAGCCAAUCAAAAAAAUGAGUAAAGAUGGCUUGUUUACUGAAGACAAAAACAGUUAACAGAGCGACAAUCUGAAUUUCUAAUAUAUAAAAAUUUAAAAAAUUGAUAGCAUCAAUUUCAAUUUGGAUGAAAGCAGAUCUAAAAGCGAUACUAAAGUUCUUAUAGACAACUCUAUUAAAUAUAAUUUUUUUAAGGAUAGUAUUAACAUAGAAAAUACCAAUCAAUAAUAAAGUGAUAACUCUUAAGAUUAACUCAACUUAAACAAAAUCUCUCACAAGAAAAACCAAAAUUCAGAAACCAAUUUGCUUAAUUUGGUCAAUGUGAAAGAGGUAUCAAACUCUAAAAUGGAUGAAACACAUGCAUCUGUAGAAUAAUCAGUAGAAAGCAUAUAAAAAGAUGAAAAAGAAAUGCAAAUGACAGAAAUUGAUUAAAAUCACUCUUCCAAAUAAAAUUUAAAUUAAUUUGAAGCAAAUGAAGAAAAGGAGACAGUAAAUGCUAAUGAAAAUAAAAUCGAUAUUGAAAUGUUUGACAAUAUAUUUUCUCAUGAUUCUGAACAUAAUUUGAAAAUUUAAUCUUGCUCUCAAAGCCAAUAUUCCCCAGAGAAGAAUAACAGUGAAUCUCAAGAACACGAAAGCUAGCACACUAACGAUGCUGAAAAAGAGACUCCCAAAAAAUAAUUAAGAAGAAAAUUAAGAGUUCUUAAGCAAAAAAAAUUCAAAAAUCUUGGCAGGAAAAACAAAGAAAUUAACAGUGAGCCUAUAUUGAAAAAGAUUACAAAGAAUAAAGAAGAUAGCUUUAAAUGUCCUUCAAAUAUAAAAUUGGAAAAUGUUUUACCAACUAAAACAAGAAAAUAAACUCAAAAAAUAUAUAAAUCAUGUGAAACAUAAUACAAAGAAUAGGCUCAAGAAACUUAAUAAUAGUAAAAAGAAAUUGAUAACGUUGAUACAUUCUAGGAAGCUACUCAAAAUAUAAUGAACUAAUUUGAAAAAUAUAAUAUAAAAAAUUUAAAGCGCGAUGAAGAUCUUAUUUCAGAAUUUAAAACAUUUAUGAAUAACGCUCGUAAAAAUGAUGAAUAUAUAAGCUAAUUAUUAAAUCCAGUUGAGUGUGAUUUUAGUGAUAACUUUAUUGAAUUUUUAAGAGGCCCUGCAAUAAAAUGGAUUAAAAAGAAUGUGGAAUAAAGUAAGUAAGGAGUUUAUUAUCAACUUAUAAAUCUCUUUAAAUCGGAAGACAGAAGUUCCUCCUCUCUUAGACCUCGUAAAACAAGAUCUGCUUACUAGCAUUACUUUUGA